AACUAAAAGUUCAGAGCGCAGAGCGAAUUAAUUCCGACCCGUAAGCUGAAAUUCUUCCACGCCUGGUUUGUUUCGCGACUGUUGAACUGCGGAGCUAUUGUGUGCGCGCGUGUGUGCGUGUGUUAGUGCAAGGAAACAGUUCCCUCACCGUCAGAUACGUACACGCAGCCGAGAACGCGGUGGUGUCUCUUGAACGAUUCCCAUUCCUCAUCAUCAGUUGUGUUGUGUGACCGCAUCAAAGAACAGUGCAAAGCAGUUUUUCCCGUGCGCUCAAAGGUUUUACCACUUCUGCUGCUUCUGUCUCUACAUCCACAUCCAAUAGGGCCGCUUCCCUUUGCUGUUUGGCACAGCAAUCCUAGCAGCAGCAGCAGCAUCAGCAGCAUCAGCAGCUCCUACGAAUUUGUGUGUGUGAUUCUCAAGUGAAAGAAGCAGAAUAAGGGCAGAAGCAAUUCCUUCUGUCACAAAGAUACUUAUCUCGGCGAGCAGCAGCACCAGCGGCAGCAGCACCAGCAGUUUCAAGGCCAUAGCGUGUGCGCGGGUCCAAUCGUGUAUGAUUAUCUCUGGUCCGUCCGUGAAAGUACCCCCAGACACAGACGAUUUACACAGCGCGACGACGGCAGCGGCAGCGACGGCAAGUGUUACUACUGGCACGGAGAUACAUACGGCGUGAACCGCAGAGAGCGAGAGAGACAAGGAGCGAGUCCAUCGACUAAAAGGAAAGAGUGAAGGACCGACAGAGAGAGUACGUCUGUGUGUGGUGAACGCGGCAAAUAUCGAGCGGCAAUCAGCAGCAGUGUGUGAGGUGCCCGUCUGACAAAGUGUAUUGCGCGCAAGUGUGUGUUUUUUUGCUCUUCCUAUUGCCUCUGCCUCCCCUGUGCGUGUGUGCAUCUUCUUCUCAGCUGUAGCGAAACGUCAAGCCGCCCGCGUGCACUGCCGUGCGUGUUAGUGCAAAAAAAGUAGCGCAAGCAGCAGUUCUAUUCCGCGUGUCUCGAUUUGAGGUGCAAGCCCCCUUUCUACAACCUGCGCCCUCCCCCGGCCGUGUGUGUCUGUUACUGCAGUUCGUGUGCGCGUGUGAGAGUCGGUACAGUUUUCGGUUUCCCUGCUAAGUUUUCCAUCCGUUCUCUUGCCAAUUUCCCGUCCCGCACCCGCCACCGGUUUGGUCAGAUUUUGAUUUAAUUAAGCAAAGCUUGCCACAGUACAGUCGUCGCCCACCCCCGACCGUUCAAAGUCUUUUCAAAUAUCCGUGCGAUCGCGAUCGGUUUGUGAGCAGCUCGAGAAGAGGAGAGAAGAAGAUCCAGUGCGUGCACGUGUGUGGGUGUUUGGUUGGAAGCGUCGUGUGAAAGUUGUAUACCCCCUGCCCCCUUGGGAGAUUCGUGAAUUAUUCGUGGAUUACCAAGACGCACUCUUCUCCCCACUAUACUAAACUCUCAAUGGAAGCGUGGUGCUUGCGAACAGAAGCUCAUAUAGGGUACUAAUUAAAAUAUCCUCGACACCCGGAGGUCGACCGAAUAUUUUUUCCCAAGCCGCUUCUGUUCUGCCAUGCCGGGUAGUCGUUCCAGUAACAACGAUAACGAGCACAACAGGUCCCCCAGAGAGAGUGGCGAGGAUUCGGAGGAUGAAAGUGAAAUUUUAGAGGAAAGUCCGUGUGGAAGAUGGCUGAAACGCAGAGAAGAGGUCGAACAGCGCGAUGUUCCCGGUAUCGACUGUGCCCAUUUGGCGAUGGAUACCGAGGAAGGUGUCGAAGUCGUGUGGAACGAGGUGCAGUUUUCCGAGCGGAAAAACUUCAAAUUACAAGAAGAGAAAAUACAACUAGUAUUCGAAAACCUAACACAGUUAGAGCAUCCAAACAUAGUCAAAUUUCACCGUUACUGGACGGAUACGCAUAACGAUAAGCCUAGGGUAAUAUUUAUCACCGAAUACAUGUCCUCUGGUUCCCUGAAGCAGUUUCUGAAGCGUACCAAGAAGAACGUCAAAAAGCUACCACUGCAAGCAUGGAAGAGGUGGUGUACUCAAAUUUUAUCUGCACUUAGUUAUUUGCAUUCCUGUUCGCCGGCUGUAAUUCACGGCAACUUAACCUGUGAUACAAUAUUUAUUCAGCAUAAUGGUCUAGUUAAAAUUGGUAGUGUAGCUCCAGAUGCCAUUCAUCAUCAUGUAAAAACGUGUAGAGAUAAUAUAAAAAACAUGCAUUUUAUAGCACCGGAAUAUGGAUUAUCCCCAACGACGACAGCCAUUGAUGUUUACUCGUUCGGCAUGUGUGCACUGGAGAUGGCAGCACUGGAAAUCCAAGGGAACGGUGACUCGGGUACGCUAGUCACAGAUGAGCAUAUAAGGCGCACUGUCGAGAGUCUUGAGGAUACGCAGCAGAAAGACUUCAUCAUUAAGUGCCUCAGUCAUGACCCUGCCAAAAGGCCUAGCGCUAGAGAAUUACUAUUUCAUUCGCUGCUGUUUGAAGUGCACACACUGAAGCUACUCGCCGCCCACUGUCUAGUGAAUACCUCAUCAAGCUAUGACGACGUUCUGCAAAGGAUCUACAAACCGGAUAUCCUGUAUGCGGAGAUUUGUCGCCCUAAUAAUGUCUACAAGUAUCAUCUUGGCGAUAUCGUUGCCACGGAAAAGCUGGAUAAAUUUAUAGAGGACGUAAAGUACGGCAUUUAUCCACUGACUGCCUUUUCGGCACAAAAACCACCCCCUACCCGACCCCGAGCAUUAUCGCCCGAAACAGCAGAAUCGGUAAAAUCGGCCACCCCGGAACCGCUCGAUAUUGAAACUAGGAGAGUUGUGAAUAUGAUAUGUAGUGUUAAGCCGCGCGAUGUAAAUUGUGAAUUAUUUAUGACAAUAUUACUAAGGAUGGAUGAUAAGAUGAACCGACAGUUAACAUGUCCCAUCUCGCAGGACGAUUCAGCCGUAAUGCUUUCGCAUGAGCUAGUACAUUUAGGAUUUAUUCACGAAAUGGAUCGCGAAAAAAUUGCUACAAUGAUAGAUGAAACGUUACGAAAUCAUCAGCUGAAGCUGAAUGACGUAACUGAGACGGCGGAAUCCACCGGCGCGCUGAAUCCAACGUCCGGUUCGGUAGCCGCCAUCGGUUCUAUGCCGAAACCUCCGCUACCUGCCGGUGCAUCGCCUGUAGGAGGAGGAGGGGCGUCGUCAUCCAUCGCGGGCAAAUCGAAUCACCUGCAUCAUCAUGUUCCUGUACACUCGGCCAGUUUGGAGCGUGGUUGGAAGGUAGCGGACACUGAAUCCAUGCCAUCAACGAUGCCUGCCAUAGUGGAAACAUCCGGAGUCAGCGUGAACAGCAUGAUAGACGGUGGUAACUUCGCGGGCCAUCUCGACGACGCGGAGGAGGCGCGUGAAAACGACGAAGAGCUGGAAGCCCUCGAACGGAUGGUGGAGCUUCGUCGGUUUAGCAGAGAAGAAGCUCAAGCAACUCUUGUAUCGAACGACUUUCAGCAGCAUGAUAAGAUGGUAAACAUCGUUCCACCGAAAACCUGCACACCAUCGAACGUACUUCAUCAUGCGCGGCUCGGUGCGGCUGAAACAACGGAUCGAAAUAACACCAAUCGAACGUCAUCCACCGGUGCCGGUGCCGUGAAUAAUGUCGAACCAGUAGCGAGUAGUAAACCGAUCAAACCAUAGAGGCUACGGAUGAAUAAUUGUUAAGAAAUCUUAUCUAGGAAAAGGAUGCUCCUACACGGUAGUGCCCUGUGCGAUAGAAAUUGUAUGCGUCAGAACUUUCUGUAAAACAAUAUCUGAACUUCGGAGCUUGCUUUUCACUAUUGAAUAGAUUAGAGGGUAAGAGAGGGGGCUAAAACAGAAUACCUUGCGGGUAAAAUACAAAUGAAUUUUGCUACUUUCCAUGAACCCUUCCGAGAAUACCAUCGACCGUUAUCGGAUACAGACAGAUAUGAAGUGUAGAGAAGUUCUAUCCCUUUUUUUAUUUCAUUUUUUACAACUGCAUGUUAGGAACUCCAAAUUUAAAGUGAGACAACCUAAACACCCCGUACGGGAAAGGGUUUAAAAACACACACAAAAAAAACUAAAAGUCUACUCUAAGCAAGAAAACCAUACGUCAUGAAAAUGUAAUACUAAGUGAAUAAUAUGUACCGAGCAAAAGUUGUCACCACAGUUACAAUAACGACCCAAAAAGAUGCUAUUGUGUGUUACCUGGAUGGGUACGAAUCUGGAAUGCGAUGCUGUUUGAGUACACGAGAUCACGAUAAUAAAUUUAACCAGGUACCCGGCACUGGCAUCCAUCCAGAAGCGAAUCAUGUAAUGUAGAGGAAACAUACACUGUCUAACUCGCAUCAUCUGUGUAUCAAGAGGGAAGUGUUGGUAAUGCAGCACAGAACUACCCCAGCGAGCUUGAAUGAUCUCAAUCGUACAUUGUCCUGAGAAGUUCCGUUGCUUUAUUUCACUACCAAAAAAGGGAACCACUUGAUGAAGAAAAGACAGUAAAACUGGAUGGAAAGUACCAUAAACCUCCGCAUGUAUGAUCCUCUCAAACUAAAAAUUCCAUUGACCAGAAGCUUCAGUACCGGUAAACAUACCGAGGGUUGGGAGUGCACAAUAGCCGGAAAGAAAUGUAAUCGUUUGGAAUGUUUCCAUAUCUCCCAUCAACGAUUCAUACCAAAUUCCCCACCCGACCACGAGUAAAAAUAGUAUAACCCUACCGCCAGUAAGCAGCUGUUAAUUUAGAAUUCUAGAUUAUCCAUGUAAGCGAUACCUUCUUGCUAUUGCAACGGGUGCAUACUUUGCAUUCAGCCAGUCAGCCAGCCAUCCAGCCAACAUCCAUUCACCGUCCCAGGGGGGGAGGAGGCAUGGGUGGGGCGGGGCUGUAGUGUAGUUAUUGUACAGACAGCAUAAAAAAAGCAAAAAGUAAUGGGUUUACAUCGUGUGCUAAGGUAGUGUUAAUGUGUACCGAGAAUGAGUUAGUAAAGUAAGAAACGGUUCCAUGCUUAGUGAUGAGAGAACGGACCGAUGAUCGAACACUUCUCUUCUCCAAAACGGACUGAACUGGAAACGCUGGACGAUGUGAUAAAUCUAUUUGUACCAAACAAACAGUGUGCUAACUUCAUGUAAACGCGUAAAAGAAAAGAUGGGGCACCCCUUAAACCCGAGUGUGUAAGCGAAUGGAAAGAAAAUGGAAGAGACGGUGCGUGCACACACCGCAAACCGGAACUUAAAAUAGCAUUAUGAGAGGUGAGGUGUAUGCGUUUUUGUACUUUUUCGAUACUAAAACAACGCGGGAUAUGAUAUUUGUGAAACACCAGCAAAGCUAAGACUUUGUACGUUGCAAGUAUGGAAAGGCAGGUUGAUAAAGAGGGGGGAGGGGGGGGGGGGGGGAAGUAGGAUGUAUGAGUGAGUGGAGAUGGUGAAGAAAGAUUAGAAGCAUCCCAGCUCUGAAAGGUGGUUUUGGUUUUGCGCGCAGUGUGUGGCGUAUGUUUUGCUUUAGGUGGGGAUGCAAUGUCAUUGGAUGGAGUAUUGAGCCAGCUCAACUAGCUAUACAUUAUCCGAAAUCGUACCGUAAUUUACAGGCUGUUUAAUUUAAUGUGCAUGAGAUUUCAAAUAAUAAUACAAAAAAAAACUUACCCUGUAUUACUACACCCACGAUGAUUCUGGAGCCAUGUUGCUCUGGAACUCUUGAUGAUGCUUCCAUUGUUUGAGUCUGUUCGUGAUUUUCUAUCAUUAUGCUUGCGUUGUUGUGUACCGCAGUACAUCAACGAUCAUUUAAACAAACAAAAAAAGGCAAGAAACACAACACGAAUGGGUUAAGAAAAACUGCUUCUAGAAAUAUGUGACAGGCAAAAACGUAUCGCUUUCAUUGGAGUUAAAGACAGUGGUGGUAAGUGGGUUGGUGGUUACAUUACAAUUAGCUGGUAAGGUAUUACACGAUAGUUGCGAGGGAUUUAAAAUCUCCAAACAAAUAAUUAUAUAUUAAAACGAAA